AGGCUGCUUCACUUGCUUGCUGUGAAUGUUUUGUAUCAUAUCAAGGUUUUAUUUAUUUACCUUGCUGUGCCUUAUCAUAUAUCAUAUCAUAUCAUAUCCCCCCGACCGACCGACUGACCGACCGACCGACCAAACUACCGGUUCCAUUACUGUGACCCCUCCAGAGCUUAUCACAUCCAGCCCGGCUUUCGGCCAUCGCAAGGGAAACUGAAGACAUGUUUGCGUUGGAAAUGACAGCGGACCUAACCGGGGUAACGAACCUCCGCCCGGUGGACACCCCGGAAAGUCCAUACUACUACUCCUUCCGCGUGCAAUGUACGUCUUGUCGCGAAGUGCACGACAAGUGGGUUGAUUUUGACCGCUUCACGACAAGAGACCUCUCCAAAAGCCGCGGCGAAGCUAAUUUUGUUUAUAAAUGCCGGAAUUGCACUCGCGAAUCGAGUGCCACAAUCAAGACCGCGCCGAAAGCGUACGUGGCCGCUUCCCCGCCGACGAAGCAGGUCAUUGUCGAGUUUGAGUGUCGGGGGUGCGAACUUACGGAGUUUAGGGUUUCGGCCGAGUGGGUUGCCGACGGGGUUAGCGGGAUUGUGUUUGAGGGGGUGGAUCUGGCCGAGGAUUGGUAUGAUUAUGAUGAGAAGGCGGGCGAGGAGGUUUCGGUUAAGGAGGUUGGGUGGGUUAUUCGGAGGGCUUAGUGAGGGUUUUAUAUUCUGUGGAAUGUGUUUUUCGUUUUUGGUGGUGGCGGGUUGGAGGUCACGGGGGUUUAGGUUUGAGAUUGUGUCAUCUGGUGUCACUCGUGGUUUACGGGCUUUGGGGAGGGGACGGCUGAAGGAGUGGUUCAGCCUGGUGGAAAGGCACAUUUAUUAGAGAGGUAUCUGCGGACUUUACUGUGGGGAAACACUGUUACGUCCCCAAGGUGUAAAGACACCUUGUGCAGGCUACGCAAGAUAUGCACCGCAGCGCGUGUUAGUAACACCGCCUGACCCUAACCUGAUCACUCGGAUUGAAGCACGCUUUGCGUUCCAUCCGCCUCCAAACUCAAACCCACUAGCAGAGCAUUGACCUCACUCCCUACAAUGCGCUCUCUAGACCAUGCAUCACCAACCACACACCAAUCCGAUCCCAGACCAGACCAGACCAGACCCAGAGACUCGUGCCUUGUCCUCAAGUCUCGUAAUAUCAGCCCAAUCGCCCGGAAAGUUGGAAACCAAUUGUCCAUUAACACCGUAGAGGCUCCAACGACAGACCACCUCAUCACGGAUACUUAAGUCGAUGGUCCAGGAAAUGUUCUUUUUCCUCUUCCCAGGGGCGGCAGCGGGGAGUGGAGUAGAAAGAAACAAGAAGAGGUAGAGUUCGGAUUUGCAUAUAGCUGCACAAUUCCGUCCCGGGUCGCGAGCCUACUGUGGGUUGGUGGAGAUUUCUGUUGCUUUCGCCUGGCUAAUGGAAGGGUCAAGCUAUCCGUGGGAAUAUUUGCGCGUGCUGGUCAAGUGCUCCCGGGCGGCAAGUGUAAAGGGGAAAACAGACAUGGUAGAGAAAGGGGAGAGGGAAGGAAGGAAAGAAA